AUGGCCACGGCACCAGCGCCCGCCGCGCUGAAGUUCACAGGCUCAAAAUAUCUCGUCCAGCGCCUUGUCCUUGCCACUCUCACAGGUCGAACGAUCAAGAUAUCCCAAAUCAGGUCCUCGUCGCAUACUUCGCCAGGUCUAGCGCCCCACGAAGUCUCCUUCCUCCGACUACUGGAAGCGAUCACGAAUGGCUCCCAGAUCGAGUUCUCGUACACUGGCACUACAGUCGUCUAUAAACCUGGCCUCAUCACUGGAAGUGCAGCUGGAUAUGGGGCGCAAGGUGGUGUGAUACGGCAUGAACUGUCUGCAGAGUGUAGACGGGGUGUGAGCUAUUUCCUGGUACCAUUAUGCUUGCUUGCGCCUUUCAGCAAGGCGCAGGUUAACGUCAUAUUCACUGGUCCUGGCGUGAUCACCUCCAGCACUGAGCUUGGCGAUAUCAGCGCGGAUACUGUGCGCACAGCUAUACUGCCGUCGUUCAGAAGCUUUGGAAUUGAGAAUAACCUCGAGCUCAGGAUCUUGCGACGCUCGAACAGUGGAAGAGAUGGUCGAGGUGGAGGCGGAGAGGUACAACUCGUGUUCGGACAUCAAGUGCGAUUGCCCAAGACCAUCCACCUCAUGAAUGCAGGACGAGUGAAGAGGAUAAGAGGUGUGGCAUACUCUACAGGCGUAGCAGGGGCAAACAAUGCACGUCUGAUUGAGGCAGCGAGAGGAGUGUUGAAUGAGUUCUCGCCAGACAUCUACGUCUUCUCCGACGUCUCAUCCGCACCUUUUGUGCCGGCACCGAGCAAAGACAACCCAGCCGCGAAGAAGAAAAUAGGCUUGGGGUUCGGGCUUAGCUUGGUCGCUGAGACGAACACGAAUAUGCUGUACUCAGCAGAUAUCACCAGUCCGCCAGCUGGUGGCGAAGCUCCAGAAGAGCUCGGCAAGAAGUGUGCAUACCAGCUCUUGGAGGCUGUAGAGCAAGGAGGGUGUGUGGGUGCGGUCGCAGCGCCUACUAUGCUUACGCUUAUGGCGCUGGGGAGUGAGGAUGUUGGCCGUAUUGCGAUGAGCAAGGAUGUGCUUGGCUCGGAGCAAGUCGUACAACUGGCCAGGGAUCUGCGCGCUUUUGGGUUCAGUGGAUGGGGUUUGAGGGAUGGUGAUGAGGAGGACGAGGUGGUGGUCAGUGUUGUUGGCCGAGGUGUCGGCAAUGUUGGGAGGAAGAUCACAUGA